CUCACUCCCGACAUACGUUCACUACCUCCUCUUUCUGCCUGUUCGCAAGCACGAGAAGCCCGGGGUAUCUUGUCUCCUUCUGGAUCAUAAGAGACGAGGGCGCGUACCACCUGGCUGGCGCCGGAUGUGUUGUCACUUACUGCGGAUAUGCUACCCGGAAGCUCGGAUGGGUUUCAUGCGUUGAUGGCCGAAGCUGGAAAAGCACUGUUCUUCCGCACUCAGCGCUACUGGUGCUCGCGCAUUCUCAGAUUGAAGAAGGGACUAAGGCAAUCCGGUGCUGCCUACGGGCGUUCAAGUGCUUCUGGUGCGGCCCGUGAAACCCCACCGGUGUCGACGAAUGAUGCAAAAUCCUCUUCCGACAGUUCAGAAUGUGGACAAUGGAAGCCCGCAGGACUUCCGCUUGAUUGUAGGGCUGACUCUCGUUUCAUCUUGGGGGAUUCGCUUCUGGGCAUCACGGGUUCCUCUCUUCCGUGUACCUUGCCGCCUGUGGAGGUCGCCCACUCGGACGUAAAGAUGAUGCUGCGUCUAGAUAUGGGCACGCACAUACGGCAUCAUCUUCAAGACAAUCUUGCCUUGAUCAAGUUCCCGAUGACCAUCGCUUGCCAGC